GCCGCGGCCGCCUCUCUCCCUAGGACACAAAGCCCCACUAACCUGCCGGCUUUUUUGCCCAGGCGUCUGCAGCCAGGAUGGGGCGGAAGGUGACCGUGGCCACCUGUGCGCUCAACCAGUGGGCCCUGGACUUUGAGGGCAAUUUGCGAAGGAUUUUAAAAAGUAUUGAAAUUGCCAAACACAGAGGAGCAAGAUACAGGCUUGGACCAGAACUGGAAAUCUGUGGCUACGGCUGUUGGGAUCAUUAUUAUGAGUCGGACACCCUCCUGCAUUCGCUCCAGGUCCUGGCAGCCCUUUUGGAGUCUCCAGUUACUCAGGAUAUCAUCUGCGACGUGGGGAUGCCCGUGAUGCACCGAAACGUCCGCUACAACUGCAGGGUGAUAUUCCUCAACAGGAAGAUCCUGCUCAUCAGACCCAAGAUGGCCUUGGCGAAUGAGGGCAACUACCGUGAGCUGCGCUGGUUCACGCCGUGGUCCAGGAGCCGGCAAACAGAGGAGUAUUUUCUCCCCCGGAUGUUACAGGACCUGACGAAGCAGGAAACUGUGCCCUUUGGGGACGCUGUCCUCUCCACGCGGGACACCUGCAUCGGGAGUGAGGUCUGUGAGGAGCUCUGGACGCCCCACAGCCCGCACGUGGACAUGGGCCUGGACGGCGUGGAGAUCUUCACCAACGCCUCGGGCAGCCACCACGUGCUGCGCAAAGCCCACGCCCGGGUGGACCUGGUGACUAUGGCGACCAUCAAGAACGGCGGGAUCUACUUGCUGGCCAAUCAGAAGGGCUGUGAUGGGGACCGGCUGUACUAUGACGGCUGUGCUCUCAUAGCCAUGAACGGCAGCAUCUUUGCCCAGGGGUCCCAGUUCUCUCUGGAUGAUGUGGAAGUCCUCACUGCCACGUUGGAUUUGGAGGACAUCAGAAGCUACAGGGCAGAGAUUUCAUCUCGAAACCUGGCGGCCAGCAGGGUGAGCCCCUACCCCCGCGUGAAGGUGGAUUUCGCCCUCUCCUGCCACGAGGACCUGCUGGAGCCCGUGUCUGAGCCCAUCGAGUGGAAAUACCACAGUCCUGCCGAGGAGAUCAGCCUGGGACCCGCGUGCUGGCUCUGGGACUUCCUAAGACGCAGCCGACAGGCGGGGUUCUUCCUUCCCCUGAGCGGCGGGGUAGACAGCGCGGCCACCGCCUGCCUGGCCUACUCCAUGUGCCUCCAGGUCUGCGAGGCUGUGAAGCGUGGAAAUCUGGAGGUGCUGGCUGAUGUCCGAACCAUUGUGAACCAGCCCAGCUACACCCCUCAGGACCCGCGGGAGCUCUGCGGCCGCGUUCUGACCACCUGCUACAUGGCCAGCGAGAACUCCUCCCAGGAGACCUGCGACAGGGCCCGAGAGCUGGCCCAGCAGAUCGGAAGCCACCACAUCGGCCUCCACAUCGACCCGGUGGUCAAGGCCCUUGUGGGCCUCUUCAGCCUGGUGACGGGUGCGAGCCCUCGGUUUGCGGUUCACGGAGGGAGCGACCGGGAGAACCUGGCUCUGCAGAACGUCCAGGCGCGGGUCAGGAUGGUCGUCGCCUACCUCUUCGCUCAGCUGAGCCUCUGGUCUCGCGGCGCCCCUGGCGGGCUUCUCGUGCUCGGGUCCGCCAACGUGGAUGAGAGCCUCCUCGGCUACCUGACCAAGUACGACUGCUCCAGCGCCGACAUCAACCCCAUCGGCGGGAUCAGCAAGACGGACCUGAGAGCCUUCGUCCAGCUCUGCGUGGAGCGCUUCCAGCUUCCCGCCCUGCAGAGCAUCCUGGCAGCACCAGCCACAGCUGAGCUGGAGCCCUUGGCCCACGGACGGGUGUCCCAGACCGACGAGGAAGACAUGGGAAUGACGUACACGGAGCUGUCCGUCUAUGGGAGGCUCCGGAAGAUCGCCAAGACGGGCCCCUACAGCAUGUUCUGCAAACUCCUCGAAAUGUGGAAGGACACCUGCUCGCCCCGACAGGUGGCUGACAAAGUGAAGCGGUUUUUCUCCAAGUAUUCCAUGAACAGACACAAGAUGACCACACUGACCCCCGCGUACCAUGCCGAGAGCUACAGCCCAGACGACAACAGGUUCGACCUGCGGCCAUUUCUAUACAACACCCGCUGGCCCUGGCAGUUCCGCUGCAUCGAAAACCAGGUCCUACAGCUGGAGGGGAGACAGCGGCAGGAGCUAGACGGCGUGGACUGAGGCUGGGCCCUGUGUGGAGGGCUCCCCGCCUGCCAGCAACCAAGAGCGGGAGUGGAGCCCUGUCUGACGUAUUUCAAGGAGAGGGAGCCGUACAGUCUAGUUCCAUUUUUAA